GUUUAAGCAUGAGAAAUCCAGUGCCAGUGUUCCUUCAGGCUUUGAUCGUCAGGAACUGGCCAGGCAGCUCUGCAGCCAGCUUGUCAGUGUCCUGAAGAAGCAGCCUGGAUGUUGGAGACAGCAAUUGCUAACCAUCCAGGAGGAGUUAAAUAACAAAAAAUCAGAAUUGGAACAAGCAAAGGAAGAGCAGUCCCACACACAAGCAUUACUGAAAGUCCUCCAGGAACAAUUAAAAGGCACCAAGGAAUUGGUGGAGACCAAUGGCCACAGCCAUGAGGAUGCAAAUGAAAUCAAUGUAUUGACAGUCGCAUUGGUCAACCAAGACCGAGAGAACAAUAUUGAAAAAAGAAGCCAAGGCUUAAAAUCAGAGAAAGAAGCCCUGCUAAUAGGCAUCAUAUCAACGUUUCUUCAUGUCCAUCCUUUCGGAGCAAAUAUAGAAUAUCUUUGGUCAUACAUGCAGCAGCUGGACUCCAAGAUAUCUGCAAACGAAAUCGAAAUGCUUUUGAUGAGGCUGCCCCGCAUGUUCAAACAGGAAUUCACAGGUGUGGGAGCAACGCUGGAAAAAAGAUGGAAGUUGUGUGCCUUUGAAGGAAUUAAAACUACCUAACAGCAAAGAGCAAAAAAAUCUCUGGAAACAAAAUCGUCUGAACCUGGCCAGAGCUGUGCACCGUGGCAACAAGAGGUUCGGGCUUGGUCCCACUUGGGACCUUUGUGGAGCCUUCAAAGCCUGACUUUAGUUCCAUCUGUGGCGUUCUCUUGUGAGUGGAAAUGUAAUUGUGUACCAGUUUCUUACAAUAAGCAAAGCUUCAUACUGUGACAGGUCUGUUUCCUAUGAAAACCAACGAUCCCACUGUCACACUGAUGGCGAAAUCUUAAACUCUGCUACAUUUGAGAAUAGCUCACCAAGCAAAGUAUUUAAAGUUAACAGUGGUGUAGCAAUGAUUGUUGCUAGGCUACAGAGUUGUAUAUGUAAUGUAUAGCUGAAAUCAUUAAAUGACAUUUUCCCAAAAGUCUUGUUUUAGUAAAAAUAAUAAUAAUAAUAAUAAUAAUAAUUUUACAGUGAGGAGAAAUCAUACCAAAAGAAAACUUGAAUAUGUGUCUGAACAGUUAUUGUAUUUUGUAAAUUAAGUUAUAUGCUAUUCCAGGGACUUUUGCCUUAUUGAAGAGGCAGAAAAUAUGAUUGGACUCCUUGAGAAUGCUUUAUCAAGAAUAUUAUUUUUCUAAUGUAACAGUUCUCCAUCAUAAGUUCUUUUAACAUGGACUGCAUAACAAUUUUCAUAAAAUGUAAAUAAUGGAAAAACUAGUGCUACUGUCUUGUUCUUGGUAUGUAACAUUCAGGUUUAUGCAUCAAAAUAAACAUUCGGUAAAUAUUCCUGUUACAAAUUUUAUAGCAAAGAUAUUAAUUUUUUUCAAUAAAUAUGACUUCUACCAUA